AUGUCUCUGGUUGAUGCUAUCGGUGUCAUCUCAGGCGCCCUGACCAUUGUCGGAUUUGGCAUUGAUAACUUCGGCGAAAGCUCAACUUCAGUCUCGAUCAUCAAGGUUGCCGUUACCCUUGAUGGGACCGGUGGCACCACAGAUGCUGGGGGUGACCUCCCCGACGUACGAAUCUGGAACGAUUUGGGAAGCUUUGUGGGCAUGAAGGCCGAUCCUGACCAUGUUAACAAUGGAAAUCUUAGCGAAAUAUCAAUAGACCACGGUAGCCAGGGUGUAUACACCCUCUUCUCUACCAACAGUGAUGCUAUCUGCGUUGCCUGGGUGACUACUACAUGGAGCGACGAUCGGGGUGGUAAUCAAUAUGCCGUCUCUGGAGACUAUGGUAAAGAAUGUGGCGCCAACUGGUUCGCCAGCAACAUGUAUAACAAUAGUGAACAGGAUCACCUACCUAAUUGCUUCUGGAUCAAUGCGGACGGUGAUCAACCAUCGACCGGGAAGUGUAACGGAAUUGACUUCGGAGUACGAGACGAGGAAGAUCCUAACACGAUCAAGUACUACGUAAAGAAUAAGCGAGACGCCCCUGUUCGCGCCCGUCAGCAAAAGCGCCGUCCUGCCUGGGCAGAUUCUGACCUCAUUAUCAGCGACUCAAAGCACCACUCGGCCAAAAGUCUCGACCCUCUACGCGUUCUGCAGCGAGAAUGGUUUAAGGCUUGCUUCGACUUUGGUUCUCAGACAGUGACCAACAGCGAAACAGUCACUACCAUGAGCACCGAUGAUGCUGGGGCUGCUGGUCGUUACACGCGAGUUCUUGACUAG